UCGAAGUCAGUGGAACGGGUUAGAGUACGAGUACAAAAUAUUUCUAAAACGGGCAAACGUUUAUUGCCAGUAUCUCUGAAAAAAAUCAGAAAAUGGCAACGGUCUUGCGUGUGAAACGUAGACUCGAUGACGAGCCAUUGAACGCGUUAUUACUUGCCUGUAAACGUUUCAAAACAUCAGAAAAUGAGGAAGCCGAAAAAUCAGCUGCGUCCGAUCCAUUGACGACUGUUGUUAAGUUCGCUGGAACUGUCAACAAUCAGGAAGAUAAUGUUGUUGAACACUUAAUCCAAACAUUAAGUAAAGACGAAUUAAAAGCGACUUUCAAACAACAUCCAGUGGAUGUCUUAAACAAAGUUAGAGAGAAAACAAAACAGGCUUCAGCGGAUAAUCGUUACAAAGUAAUAAAUUGUUUUCGAUCUUUGGACAGUACUAAACUCGAAGUAUUAGAGGACAAGGUCAUGACAGUAAUAGAUGUAGAGGAUUCUGUUUCGUGUGCUAAUGCAAGGGAACAUUCCACGGAAAAAAGUGACAGUUAUGUGUAUGAUUUAUAUUAUGGGCAAACUGAUAAAGAAGUGUACAUAGAUGAUAUGGUGUCUAUCCAUCCGUUUGAUCAAGAGCUAGUGUUUGAUAAUUAUAGAGAUAAUGGUUAUCCUGAAGCUGAAUGUGAGUCAGAAGAUUCUAAUUCUGAGUCAAAUUGGAGAAAUGAUUAUCCUGAUUCAGACCACUCUGGAAGUUCAAUUGAUGAAGAUGAUAUGAGCAAAGCUGUUAGGAGAAUGAGGUUUGAUGAACGAUCUGAUUUAUCUAGCGAAGAUGAUUUUGUUUAUGCAGUUGAUGAGGGUGAUGUAGAAGCUUACGGUUAUAAAUAUGCAAGGUACAAGGCAAAGAUGAAAAAAGAAUUAGAUCAGGAAAAUAGUAAUAGCGAUGAUAGUGCAGAAUACGUAUUUGAAGAAGUAGAUGAUAACACAGAUUCUGAUAAGGAUUAAUGUUAAGCUUUCUAGUAAUAUUCUAAUUGUAUAUAAGUCUUUUUCUACUGAUAGCUAAACUAUGAAUUCAGUAUAAUUGCACUCCAC